AUGAUGGCCUCGAUGCUGGUCAACAUGGCUCUGUUCAGGACAUCAAACGGACUUGCAUGGGGUAUCCCAGUCCACUGUGUCACGGGUAUUUACCCGCACAAACGAUGCUAUUGUCAAACAUAUGAAAAAAUAUCAUUUCCAAAGGCAGCAUCCGACCAACGAGCCACCAAGGAAUCUUUCUAUAACCUUGCUAGAUUUCCAAAGGUGCUUGGGUGUAUCGAUGGAACUCUUAUCCCUAUUAUGCGACCCAGCGAUGACGAAGAAGCUGUUUACGUGUGCAGAAAGGGUUUCCAUGCCGUAAACGUUCAAGCUGUCUGUGACGCAGAACUAAGGUUCACAAGUGUGGUGUCAAAGUGGCCUGGGUCAGUUCAUGACUCGUUUAUGCUUCAAAACAGCAGCAUUGGGCAGUACAUGGAGACGGCUGGGAUUGACGGAUGGCUGCUAGGUGAUUCAGGAUAUGCCUGUCGCCCAUGGCUGCUUACACCAAAAGUCAAUCCAACCACACCUUCUGAGGAGCGGUACAACACUGCUCACUGCAGAACACGCAAUACUGUGGAGAGGGCUUUUGGACUCCUCAAAUCCAGGUUUAGGUGCCUACAUAAAUCAGGUGGCUGCCUCCCAUUCAACCCAAAGAAAUGCCAUCAAGUUGUGUAUGCAACCUGUCAGUUACACAAUUUCUGCAUCAACCUCAGAUUGCCAGCUCCUCCAACACUGGAAGACCUUACCCAUGAAGAUGGGAUAUCUUACCAGGGACCUCUAAAUGAUGGUUUCAAAGUUCGACAAGCUGUCAUAAACAACUGCUUUUCUUAA